UGAAAUAAGAUGUCGCAUAGAAUAACCAAUACUUGUUAAUUUGCAUUCGAGUUUAUAAUCCUAGCACGGAUAUUGAUUUGUGUCUUUAAAUGAAACCAUAUCGUAGACUAUGGUAAACAGUAGAUCUACUGUGUGAAUGUACAGUGAAGUAGAUAUUCUUAAUGUUUAGCAAGGAUCUUUUGAAUAAUGUGUUAAUUUAAAUGGUAGUGGAUCUAAACUGCUGCAUAGCAUUACAUCGGAAUAUGGCCACACUUGCUGGGUUCCUGAUUGUGAUAGUACUACAUAUUCAAGCCGUCGGCGGUUCCACAACUCUGCAGCCUGCGUCGGAUGUCUGUAAAACAUGCCGCGUCAAUCAGUACUGUCCUCUUAAUACGCCAGCCUGCUUUGACUGUCACAUCUCCUGCACAAACUGUACAUCGUACGGCGAGAACCACUGUCUGCAAUGCAAGCUGGGGUACAGGAACGUGUCUGGCACGUGUGGGCUGUGUCCGCCGAACACUUUCGGUCCAGACUGUGCGUCCACGUGCCGUUGCCUGAACCCCCAAGACCCCGCUGAGUGCGACCCUGCCAACGGGCACUGCGCAAGCUCCCAGUGCGCCCAGGGCUGGCAGGGCGUACCCACCUGUCAGACACCAUGCAGCGAAGGUUCGUUUGGUUCGGGCUGUGUGCAGGCAUGCCACUGCCCCCCUGGUGAUACCUGCUCCCCCGUCAACGGUCUCUGCUCCAGCGGAGCAUGCGCGAUAGGCUGGGCCAGUACAGGAUGUCAGAACGAGUUACCGCAACUUGACAAUCCACCGGAUGCUGUCGACGUGUCGUGCGCAAACGUAACGGUCACGUGGUUGGGGUGGAGGAGCGGGGUGGACAGGGGCGAGACCACGGCAACUAUCAAGAGAUAUGAAUUAUAUUCAACUUACCGUCCCGUAGAACAUUACGAGCCCUGGAAAUUUGUAGCCAGCGUCACUCACAACAAGACAGCAGGUUCCUAUCAAAUAAACCUGACAAAUCUCGUACCAGACGUGGAUUAUAAAUUUCGUGUUGACGUCAUACAAGAGGCGCCGGGCGGGAAAGAUAUGCCAGCGAUGACAGGAAAAAAUUCUACGCCCGUGUUUAUCCUAUGCACAGAAACGACUACCACGUCAACCACCCCUGAACCAACCACUACUACUAAAAAGCCACCAGAUUCAAAUUUACUUGACGACUCGAAAAUACGUUACCAAGUGUUUCGUAACAACAUCUCCGGCCGUCACGAAAUUACUGUCACAUGGGGUCUUAGAGACGCGGUUAACAACGAGACUCGCGUGAUCGUGACCUUGACGCUUUCAAGAGUGAAGUACGCGGGCAUCGAUUGUGCGCUGUUCGAAAACGGAACCGCUGUUAUCAGACGGGAUUUGGCGCGAGAAGGGACCCAGUUAAUAACGGAAGGCGUUACCCCGUGGACAGAGUACAGUCUGAAUAUUUCAGCCAGCAACUCCACUCUCAACAUAUCUGACUUCCGGACUUACUCUUUGACAACUCUUGAAGACGUACCUAGCCCUUUGGGAAAAGUAGAGAAUGUCCGCGUUGUUGACGUCACAAAGACAGGUGGCGUCAUCCAAUGGUCGCCCUUAAACUGCAGCUUACGUCACGGAAGCUUGCGGCAAUACCGCGUGUACGUGUUCAACAUGAUGACGUCACUCCAGCUUGUGCUCAACGACACGUCAAUCACGAGGUUUACAUCAACAACCGGCGAUAUAUUCAUCUACCAGACGAAUGCAUUAAAGCCUUACACGAAGUACGGUAUAAACGUGGUCUUCGAGAACAGCCUUGGUGCAGGCCCCAACAUGUCGAACCUGACCGAGUUCACGACUGCAGAAGGAGUGCCGGGGCCACCGAGUAUCGAGAAAAUUACCGAAGCGGCGACGUCAAUCACCGUCACUGUACGCGUUCCUGACGUAACUAACGGCGUACUGACGCUGCUGUCCGUGCGCGUGUUUAAGCGCAAUGAAACCGGAAGUGUGAGUCGCAGCCAAAGCUUCCAGUCCGGUGUCACUUCCUACACGUUCACAGUGCCUGGAUUGGAACCUCUCACGGAGUAUUUCAUAGAGGCCACGGCAAGCACCCGUGCAGGCGCCGGAAACACGACAAACGUCCAGUCGCUGACAACGCUGAAGUCUGUUCCCUUAGCGUCAACCAACGUCACGUCCGACGUCGAUGUCAGAAAUGAGACCUGCCUGAAACUGACGUGGCAAAACGCCGACGACUCUGUGACGUCAUAUAACGUGAGCUAUGAAGAAAAGGGAGUGCUAUCUGAAACAAAGAAUACUCUGCAGACAAAUAACACUUCAGCGUUAGUGUGUAAUCUGAAGCCCGGUACUUUCUAUGAUUUCACAAUCGUCGCUUGGAGCACUGCCGGAUACGGGGAACCAGUUAUCCUGACCUUCUCCACCGAGCAGCCUGAUCCUCCCAGGCCAAAGGUACCGGAAGUGCUCAACACGACCGCCUCAACAAUAACCGUCGCGCUAGAACCGGAGGUUAUGACGUCAACGGCCUACGCGUACGGGUACCUGCUCGCAAUCGAUGACGUUACGGCGCGUCCUGCUCGCGCUACUAGUAAUAGUAACAGUACGUGCCCUGGGAUUAAUGAAAUUCCGGGCAAAAUAAUAAGGAAUUUUACCCAGUCUGAGCUUCUGAGGAGAACUGUAUUCGUGAUUGGUGACAAAACGUACGAACGGGAACCAUACACCAACGGGGCACUGACAGAAAAUCACUUAUAUAGCAUAUACUUUAUAAUCACUAUUUAUUUUCGCGAUAUUUGCAAAUACAAUUAUUCCAACACGCUUAAUCCGAUUAAAGCGGAAACUGUGUUGCCGAUAAUCGCGCCUAAAGAGGUACUUGCGACCUCCAAUCUGAACUGGAUCAUUCCUAUCAUAGUGUUAGUGAUCAUAUUAGUUGCAAUAAUUAUAACAAUAAUUAUAUGCUUGGUGCUUCGUCGCCGUCAAGCGGGUCCUAAGUUUGAUCCCUUCAUAAACGAAGCAGACGACUUCAACCUGAAAGUGUACAGAUUCGAUGACUACGACCCGCACAAGUUUUGGAACAAAAUAUAUUCGCUGCGAGAAAGCAGGUUCAUCACCGCCGGCAGAGAGUACCUUCCCGUCGACAAUCACCCCAACAUUAACAGCUCUGUGGUCAUCGCAAGUGACGGCGCGCCCAUCACAUUUCACGACGAAUUCGCCAACUUACCGCAUGGACUGACGCAAGCCUGUGAGAUCGCGGAGCGGCGAGAAAACCGGACCAAGAACAGAUUCAGUCAUCUGAUACCGUACGAUCAAACCCGAGUCAUUCUUGACCCCGACCCUGACUCAUCGUCGACAUACAUCAACGCCAACUUCGUGAAGGGAUACAGGCAUCAGCACGAGUAUAUCGCGGCUCAGAGCCCGUUCGACGACGAGACGGUCCUUGACUUCUGGCGGAUGGUGUACCAGUAUGAAGUGCAGGUGAUUGUCAUGAUGUCCCAUAUUGUGGAGGACAACAUCGUCAAGUGUACCCAGUACUGGCCCGAACACGGACGGGUGCGCUACGGGUCGUUCCUGCUGGAGUGCGUGGAUGUACAGGAGUACGCAUCGUACGUUAUACGUCAGCUUAGAAUCAAGCGCGAGGGAGACGAGGAUUGGCAGAUCGUGUACCAGUUUGAGGCCACUUACUGGCCGGAACACGGCGUUCCAGACGACCCUAUCCCGCUGAUAGAAAUGCGCAGGAAAGUAAGCUUGUACCAAAACAAGAACGAAACGCCGGUCGUUGUCCACUGCGGUACGGGGGUAAGUCGCAGCGGAGUUUUCAUCGCUGUCGACUCGCUGAUGUCCCAAUAUGCAGAUGAAGGGAGAAUCAGUGUGUUUUCCUUCGUGAGAAAGAUGCGCAACAAUCGAACAUGUAUGGUCCGAACGGUGAAGCAAUACUUAUUUAUUUACGAGACAAUUUUCGAGGCUAUGCAUGCUGGCGAUACGUGGACAGGCCCCGAUGACUUGAAGGAACGCUAUCAUUUACUUACUAUGAAAAACCCGUCUAAUGGUCAUUCCUACUUGCAUGGUCAGUUCAAAAGUCUGUCCUUAUUCACCCGUAAACUCUUCCAAACCUCAUGUUCAAUUGCAUUUCUACCCGUUAAUUUCAACACAAACCGCUACAUUGAAAUAGUUCCUCCGGACGUUCACAGACCAGUAUUGACCACACCGGGACGAAGCGAUUAUAUAAAUGCGGUGUUUUUGGAUAGUCACAGAAAAACCGGCCAUUUUGUGAUUACUCAGACACCUCUGCAUACGACAGUGAUCGACUUUUGGAGGCUCGUCUAUGACCUCGAAAUAUACACCAUUGUCAUGAUGGAGCCCAUGAUGCACGAAGACGAUACAUGCGCGGAAUACUGGCCGGAAGACCAUAUGAAGCAAUUCGAGCCAUUCUUUGUUGAGACUGUGGACGUCUACCAGCAAGAAAACAUAACGAUUAGAAAUCUGAAACUCACCUACAUGAACGAUGUCAGCAAUCGGCGCCAUAUUCGUCAGUUUCAGUUCAAUGCUUGGUCUGAUUCGGAGUUUGUACCAAAAUCGAAAUCCAUGCUUCUGGAUGUGAUAGAUCUGGUAAAUGAUUGGCAGACUGUCAAUAACAAUGACACCACGCCUAUUCUCGUGCACUGUAAAGAUGGCGCUACGCACGGUGGUCUAUUUAUAGCCGUCAGCGUUCUUUGCGAGAAGGUACAGGACGAGAGCGAAGUGGACGUCCUGCAUACUGUGAAACACUUGAAGAGACGCCGUAAUCAGAUUGUCGACACCUUAGACCAGUUCCGGUUCUGCUACAAGGCAUUGUGGGACUUUAUCAACAUGCGCAUGCCCGGCGGAACGCUUACGGAUCAGAUGAGUAGAACGAAGUUCGACAGGCCAUUCAACAGCCUCAGUCUGACGUCAUACCAAUCUGUUGCAGAACACAUGCCUUACUGAAUGGUUAACGUCAUCGAUAUUUUGGAUGUCUGUUGUCAUAGAGUGUUCAAUGCGCGUAUAAGGCGACUGAAUUAUCACGGAUGACGGACAAUAUAAAGAACUCCUUUUAACAUUAUGCACAGAUAAAAAAUAAUUAAUGCAGGGUUUUUUGCAUAAAAAUUAUGUAAAUGCUUGUUUGUUUUAAAAAUCAAAUAAUAAAAAGAAAUCAUUCAAUUGAAAACACUCUGGAAUUUUAGGAUUUGUGUUAAUUUACUUAAAAGAUAGGUUCAUUCUAGUUAACUUAAUGAUUACAUGUUACAUAUCUUCGUUCAUAGUUGAGUAGAAUAACAAAUAUAAACUAUCAGUUCAUAUUUAUGCUAUUGUUCAAUAUAGUGACGAUAAUUGCUUCCAGUCUUGAUUUGCUCAAUGAUUCUUUUUUUGAACAAAUGUAUUAUGGUCAUUUACAAACUUGGUUUAACAUGGUGCCAUAUAUAUAAUAUAAUAUAUAUAUAUUUUGCAGCUAGAUCUAUAUAAAUUUAGCAACUGUAUCAUAUAUAUUAUGCAAAUAGAUCUGUAGAUAUUUGGCGACUAAUCUACAUAAAUUGUGGAACUAGAUAUGUAUAUGUCUACUAUGUGUACUGUAUGCAUGUGUUGUCUUGAAUGCUAAUUCUGAAAAGGGUUCGCCUUUUAGUAAACAUACUUUCACUUUGUUUUGUUGCGUUAAAUAUGGUGCUAAUAAAAUUUAGCAAUUUGUUGUAUGUGUAAAAAAUGAGUUGAAGCAUCCAAAGUGGUGUAUAACAAUGAUUAUUAUUCGUUGUUGUGGUUUAUAAGGAAACAUCAGUGAUUUAAAACUGGUGAUAAACUGUUUCAAACAGUGACAAAUAACAGUGAAAAGUAUAAAUACUUUUUAAGUUUUAUUCUAAACCUGUUUUAGAAUAUAAUCACAAAAUACAUGCUUUUCAAUCAUUAAAAUACAUGUAAACAUACUUUAAAUUUGAAUUUUGCUGCUAGCUAUUUUCCCUAUUCCCUAUACCAUGCUAUCUGGACUAUUUAUAAUAAUGUCAUCAGAAAAUGAUGUAAACUAACACUAUUCUUCCCAUAUUUGGGGCUUUAUCAAACGGUUGCUGUAAAUACAAGUAACACAUUAAAUUAAUGAACCCAGUUUAUAACCAACCUUUAAAACAGUGACAGUGUGUAGUAUAUCAAUUGUCAUAGAAAGCGAUUGAUGACAAAAAAUACAAUAUUUAAAUACUUGCUAAGCGCAAAAAGUAACUCAAUUUCUCUUCCGUAUGUACAUUUACGUCUUACUAUUUGAAAUUAAAUCCACAUUAUGAUGGCAUUUAAACUGCCUUAUUUUUAUAUUUUGAUUGAGUACAGCAUACAUUUUGUUGAUGUGUUGUAAGGACCAAUCUCAUAAGGCAUACGUUUUAUGUUCCUCUACAAGGAGGUCAUUAACAUUGUAUAUAGUACAACUGUUUACUGUGUGUCUUAUUGCAGUUUUAUAAAAUUAUUCAUGUAGCAUUUGUUGUUAAUUAUAGCAAAAUAAAUACAUUUACAACAUGCAA